GAAUGUGUUAUUCCUGUUCGCAGACCACUCGGAAUGUGAGCUAUGACUAAAUGGAUGGCUACCAAAGUCGAAGUAUUGUGUUUCAGUGGCAAGGUCAAUGACAGCAUUCAUUAAUCUACCGAAACAAUGUAAUUGCUUUUGUCGUCAGAUGGCAUGGGAGGUCAUUAAUUUUUAAAGCGAUAUUAUCAGUGUAAAACGGAACCAUAAUAUAAACUGAGGUAAUGUCAUGGCCCAUAAUGACAAAUUGUUGAAUCUGAUGAAAUGCAACAUGAAACGCUAAAUUUUGUCAAUGAUGGUCAAACAAAAUUACCACCCAACCGGAUGCCAAUUAAACAAGCUACCGAUGCUGAUAUAACAAUUAGUAGUGAUACAAUCUUUGGAAGUUCUAUAAAACCGAAACCGGGCCACCUUAUGUCAAGCAUUUAGUGAAAAGUGAACAGUGCAACAAUGAGGGGCGAAAAUAUUUUGAUUAUAUUUAUUGGCCUGUUUAUCAGAACGGUUAUCGGAUCUGUGCGUUUUACCAACUUAUCAUACGAACUCAGUUCGGACUACGUCAAGGGGACAGUCAAUGUUAAAAUGGAUAAUGGAGUGUACUCGGUUGGAAUGAAUUCCGAUCUGCUGAAGAAAAUUGACGGUAACUUUUGGGUUACCCCGAUUCUCUCGAAGAAAAUCAAAGAUGCUUACAUACCGCUCACUGAUAUAAAACUGGACACGUGUAAAGAAGAUCCCAGCUCGGCCGAGAAUCCUGUGGUUCGAUUCAUUUCAGCAGAAGUGAAAAAACUCGUCACCUUCGGAUUGAAGUGCCCCUAUGAACCGGGUCACUACACCGUGAAUGAUUUCAGCUUCGAAGAUGGCCACUCUAUGUUGAAGCUAAUUCCUAAAGGAAGUUAUCACGUAAGCAUCACUUGCCAGCAUCAACCCCCCGGAAGCAGCUCGCUGAUCAAAGUAAUGAGCUUUUCAUUUUAUGCUGACAUCGAUUAAAACACCUGCACUCGAUGGAAUGGUAGCUAAUGUAGUAGAUAACUGUCCAGGUCUACUAAUUUUCAAAACCUAAACAAGAGUAUAACAGAAUUCGUUUGCGGCAUUGCCGCAAGUUGAAUACAUUUCGUUUGAUUAUUUAUGAUAUCACUUAUAGAUAAUACUU